AUGGUAUUUGUUCGCUCUAUCUCUCGCCUUUCGCGACCUGCUUCCUCCCUUCUGUUCUCAAGGACUGCUCUCCCGGUCCAGCGGGGAGCUUUCGGCGGGGGCCAUGAGCACGCGAGAGAGGUUCCUGAGAUGCUAGGAACGACCGAGAAUGAACUUGGUCUCAGAAAAUGGCUCGAAGAGCAGGGUCACACCCUAGUCACCACCUCGGACAAAGAAGGCGAGAACUCCAAGUUCGACCAAGAGCUGGUGGACGCUGAGAUUAUCAUUACUACACCCUUCCAUCCAGGCUACCUGACCGCUGAGCGACUCGCCAAAGCUAAGAAGCUCAAGCUUGCCGUCACCGCCGGCAUUGGAUCUGACCACGUUGACCUCGAUGCUGCAAACAAAACCAACGGUGGUAUCACCGUCGCGGAAGUGACUGGCUCCAACGUCGUGUCGGUGGCAGAGCAUGUCCUCAUGACUAUCCUCACCCUCGUUCGCAACUUCGUCCCGGCCCAUGAGCAAGUCGCGGGUGGAGACUGGAAUGUAGCCGCUGUUGCUAAGAACGAAUAUGAUCUUGAGAACAAGGUUGUAGGUACAGUCGCUGUUGGCCGUAUUGGCGAGCGUGUGCUGCGAAGACUCAAGCCAUUCGACUGCAAGGAGUUGCUGUACUUCGAUUACCAACCCCUUAAACCCGAAAUUGAGAAGGAGAUUGGAUGCCGACGUGUGAACGAUUUAGCGGAAAUGUUGGCACAGUGCGACGUCGUCACCAUCAACUGCCCAUUGCACGAGAAGACUCGAGGCCUGUUCAACAAGGAGUUGAUCUCCAAAAUGAAGAAGGGAUCGUGGCUUGUCAACACCGCCCGCGGUGCCAUCGUUGUCAAGGAGGAUGUUGCCGAAGCUCUUAAGUCUGGCCACCUCCGUGGUUACGGAGGCGACGUCUGGUUCCCACAACCAGCACCCAAAGACCACCCUCUCCGCUACGCCAAGAACACCAUGGGUGGCGGUAACGCUACGGUCCCUCACAUGUCUGGUACAUCGAUUGAUGCCCAGGCCCGCUAUGCGAAGGGCACCAAGGACAUUCUUGAAUCAUACUUCUCCGGAAGACACGAUUACAGACCACAGGAUUUGAUUGUCAAGGAUGGAGAUUAUGCUACAAAGGCAUAUGGGCAGAGGAGCAAAAAAUGA